GAAUCUACUGCACAUCUCUUCGCACAAGUAUACACGUGCGGAUAUUGAUUCGUUACUUACAUGUUUCAUUACUCAAGAAUCGAAGAUGGCGCCAUAAGCGGCGAUCCCCCUGCUUUCCAUAGCAUACACGACGCGCUGAGUGAGCUUGGGGUUCGAUAUGAUGAAGACGGCUUCGGCCUGGGCCUCGACGACGAGUUGGUAAGUGACCGCGACCAUGUCUGGCCGGCCCUCCGUGCGCGUGUCCCAGAUCCACGCGUUAGGAUCAGCCUUCUUGACCGCGCCGACGACGCCCUCGCCAUAAGUGACGAGCGGGGCGGGUGUCGACCAGAAGAUGCGGCGCGGGGUCACGUUGGCGUAGAACAGCGAGAGGCACGGCCCGAUGCCGGACCCCGUAGCGACGACGACGAUCUUCUUGAACAGGUUGGAUGUGUAGAGGAGCCCGUGCAUGGGUGCGCCGCGGACCCAGAGCUUCUCGGGCGGGUUGCGGAUCAUCUCGCUGGUCCAGUCGCCGGCGUUCGACACGACGACGGAGAAGCCCUUGGAUGUCGUUCCGUCGUCGUCAGGGAUGGUUGCGAAGGCGUGCCACUCGAGGAGGGGUUUCGUCGAGAUCUUCAGGCCGUAGAACGGCUGCAUGUCGCGGUACUUAAAAUGCAAACGCGUGGCGUGGCUCGAGAGCACUUCAGGGUACACCUUGAUGUGGCGCAGACGGCCCCAAGAGAGAAGCGAGCAGCUUGUCGAGACGCACAACGUCCAGAAGUUGGGUGUGUUGAUGAUGUAGCGUCCGAGCGACGGCGGUGAUUCCAUGUAGGCGCGGUACUGGUUGCCAGCAAAGAAGCUGUGCAUCCAGAAGGUCAUCAACGCAACCCAGCCAGAAUAACGAUGCACUGCCUCGAAGUGGUCGUGAUACCGGCGCCGGAGAAUCGGAUGGGCCGCCGCCAGGAUACAGACAAACAUGGUGAUCAGGAUGUACGAGGUGAUCACAUUCGCCAAUCCCCAGUUGGAUGGCCGCGCCAGGUAGUCCUUGGUCGUCAGCCCCGUGUAGAGCGCGUACCACACGACAGCCGCAGUGCCCGAGCCGCUGUGGCCCCCGCCGUAGUGGAAAACCUUUGCGAGCCGGCUGCGGAGCCAGAGAGGGGCACUGUGAGGGCAAGCGACAGCGAUCUCGUACAGAAGAUUCACAAAGUUCUCUUGGCGGAAGAGCAGCGUGACCAUGAGAUUGACAGAGGCAGCGCUACCCACGUCGGGAGCAAGUGGCCGGCC